UGGAAGAAGCAUAACAGCAGAAUAAAGAGCAAGUACCCAGACGGCUGGAAACCAAAAAAUAAGCUCUCGAGAGCAGCUAUGAUUGGCAUAAAGGAGCUCCACCAAUAUGACAGCCUGCAGUUCAACGUAGCAAGCCUGAGUGAGAAGUUCAAGCGCUCGCCCGAGAGUAUACGCCGCAUUCUCAAGUCAAACUGGAUACCCGACCAGCAGCGG